CAUGCGCGGAGAACCGAUUUAGGAUCUGUGUAGCGCACACGUGCAGUUGAGCAGCGUUGCGUAUUUAGGUUAUUCGCUCGCUGAAUCAAGAAACAGUGUUUUUAAUUUAGUGUAUCAAUUUAUUAUUUCAUCAUGCCUGCUGUAGACAGAAUCAAAAAGCCAACUACACAUAGAGGCAAGAAAGCUAUAUUGAAGAAGGAGCCUAAGUUGAUAGAAAAUGCCAAGGAAGCAUUAUGCCUCAAGGGUAAUCGCACGUCGCAGAUCGUUGUCGACAUCAUGAAGGAUCUGUAUGAUCUGAAGAAACCUAAUGCGCAAAUGAUGAAACAAAAAAAUAACAUACUGCCGUUUGAGGAUGUUACACCUAUCGAGAAAUUCGCGUCCAAGUAUGACGCAUCACUCUUCAUGAUGGCUCUGCACAACAAGAAACGCCCACACAAUCUUGUGAUGGGCCGAAUGUACGAGCACAUGCUGCUGGACAUGAUAGAAUUUGGCGUGGAAAAUUAUAAAGGUUUAAAGGACUUCAAAGGUGAAAAGAUCACCUCGGGAAUAAAACCAUUGUUGAUCUUCAAUGGUGAACUUUUCGAAAGUAAUUACGAGUACGGCAGAAUAAAAAACUUACUCGUUGACAUGUUCCUAAGAGAAGAAGUCCAAAAGAUCAGAUUGCAAGGUCUUGAGCAUGUUUUAAGUUUCACCGCUGUAGAAAACAAAAUACUUUUGCGCAGUUACAGGAUACUUUUGAAAAAGUCCAACAUGAGGACACCUAGGAUAGAACUUGAGGAAAUAGGACCACGUGCCGAUUUAGUGUGCAGGCGCAACAAGUUUGCCUCUGAAGAUUUAUUCAAGCGAGCUUGUAAGAAACCUAAAGCGCUCAAGGCGAAGACGAAAAAGAAUAUCUCUACAGAUACGUUUGGAACAACGUAUGGUCGUAUACAUGUUGGUGCACAAAAUAUUGACAGUAUUCAAACAAGGAAGAUGAAAGGCUUGAAGAAAACAAUAUCAGAAAAGAAGAGUGCUCAAAAGAGAAAAAUUGCUGAUAAUAACGAUGACGCAAAGAAAUCAAAAGAAACUACGGAUUGAAAUCGAUUGAUUAAUUGGGACGUUCAAUUAAAUACGUACGUUAUAGACGUACAAUUAAAUGAAUAGAUAUGUAAUUUUAAUAUUUAAUUUUUAUUCAAGAUAUUAUUUCCAACUCCA